GGGCGCUCCCUUCAGAAAUUUCUCCAAACUCUGCUGGCAGAGGCAGUCGAUGGCCACGGACAUCACCACCCCGACCUUUUUGAGCUGCUACUCGCGUUGCAGCAAGUGGAAUCAGAUUCGAGUCUCUCCGAGCUCCUGAACGAUACCAAGGUGGUCCUCCAAGUCUUGUUGUGUCAGAAAGCACCGAUUGGAGUGCAGCCUGCUCGCCUGGUUGAAUUGCUGGAGAUGAUGGCAAGAUCUGGCGAGUGGGGCUCCGAGCUCCUGUCAGCACUGGCAGAGGAAGCUUUGUCACAGUCGCAGGUUCUGGGACCAGCCGGUAUUGCAUCAGCUCUUCAAGCAUUGUCCAGGCUCGGCGCUUUAGCUGAGCCACGGUGCCACCUGAGCCAGGGCGGAGUGGCUCAGGAAGCAGGGAAGGACUCCAACCAGGGCACACCUCCCUUUUGGUAA